CUCAUACCUCAUUUCCAAUUCGAUUUUCAAUCUGGGCUUUUCGUCAACAUGGAUUACAGAACUCUAGAGAUCACUCUACUCUCCGCCAAGGACCUCAAGGAUGUCAAUCUUCUCUUCAAGAUGGACGUCUACGCCGUCGUCACCAUCAACGGCGACCCCCAAACCAAGCAGAAGACCCCCGUCGACAAGGACUGUGGUCCCAACCCCAACUGGAAUUACACCAUGAUAUUCACCGUGAACGAAGCCGCCGCCAACCAGAACCGCCUUAAACUCGUGAUCCGUCUCGUGUCAGAUCGUCGCCUUGGCGAUAAGAAUAUUGGGGAGGUAGUGGUGCCUAUGAAGGAAUUUCUUGAUUGCAAAGAGAAGGAUUUCGUUUACAAAGUCAGGUUGCCGAAUGGAAAGCUGAAAGGUACGCUGAAUUUAUGUUCCAAAAUUGGGGAGAAAUUCGGUGUUCCUGUCGCUGCGCCGCCGCAUGUGGCGCCUGUGAUGGGAUAUCCUGCUGCCGGAUCCAGCGCGGGAUACUACCCGCCACAGUUUGCGUACCAACAGCCGCCACAACAGCCAGUGGUCGAAUUGUUUGGCAGGAUACUCAUCGGCGAAGUCGUAUCUCAUGCUUUUGAUUUUGAUGAUCCCAGUUUUAUGGAUGGGCUUAACGUUUGGUUUGAUUCCUAAUCCUUGAUUUGGAUUUGUUAUAAUAAAUAGUAUUUUGUUUAUAAUUCAUCCUUCUAGAAUUGAAAUCUAUCAAAACUUGAUAUUGUAAUGGUUAUUGUAAGUUUGUAAUGGUUUUCAAUGUUAAAUGUAUAUAGAAGACUAUUUUUUUUUUUUAAUAACUACAAUUUUUGAGA